AUGUUUCGAAGUAUUGUUGGUAACAAUUGUUUACCAGACAUUCCAACCGCUCAACUGGUAUGUAAGAGGUUCUGCUGUUGCCUUCCCCUCCUUAUAAAUCCUAUUGCAAAGUCUUUUACAGAUCAAGAGUCUCCCCCAGAUUGGCAGAGGGCUUUGGAUGAAUGGGCGCCUUGGCCUCAGUUUAAAGUUGAAGGUUUAGAAGAGUUAUACUCAAUCUUGGAAAUUUGUUAUCAACUGUUGGGUGAUCAAAGUAAACAGAAAUGCUUCCUUUAUGCUUCACUAUAUCCUGCAAAUAGCAAGAUAUACACAGAUUACUUUGUCGAGUGUUGUAUAGCUCAGGGCUUUCUCGGCGUUGUUAAUGCAGCUACUAAGUAUAGUGCUACGCGCAGUCGAGGUAUUAAUGUAAUAUUGAGACACCUUGUUAAUGCUGCAUUCUUAGAGGAAGGGGACCAAAUGAGGUAUAUUAAAAUGAAUGACCUCCACAGGCAACUUGCUUCACAUAUAUCAUCCAAGUUUUCAGAUUCCGAAUGUAAAACUUAUGUUGAUAAUGAAGAACAUGAUGAGGCCUUUAGAUCAGCAUCAUGGCAGAAUGCUAGAUGGGUUUCUAUGGUUGGCAGUAAAAGGGACAGUCUGCCAAUAAACCAAAAUUAUGAGAGUCUUCAAACACUACUGUUACAAAAGAAUCCGGAGUUGGUUCAAAUCUCAUCUGAUUAUUUUGGCAGCAUGGGCAAUCUUCUUGUGUUAAACUUGUAUGGUACUAACAUAAGGGAGUUGCCAUCUUUAUCAGGAUUAACCAGCCUUAAGGUGUUCUAUAUAAAUGGGUGUUCAGAGUUGAAAAUAUGUUCACAUGAGAUCCAACCACUUAAACAUCUUGAGGUAUUUGACAUUCGAGGUAGUGGAGUAAAUUUUGUGCCAUGCUUGAAAAGUUUGCGGUGCCUGAGAACCUCCUACAUUACAAGCGGUAAUUACGAUGAAAUUUCAAAGCUUUGCAAAUUAGAAGAAUUGACCAUCGAAGUGCAAUUCCCAUGGCAAUGGUGUGACGAUGCUGAAAAUAUUAUACAACAAGUUGCUUCUUUGAAAAAUUUAACAACCUUUAAAUGCAACUUUCCUUUUCCAAAAAUUACCCUUGAGCAGGUCCUAGAGAAGACUUCCAUUGGUUGGGUGAAGGCUUUGAUGGAAUGCACGCCUACGCCCCAAGUUGGAGUUUAUGGUUUAUCACCUACUGAGGCAUGGAAGAUGUUUCAAGGCAUAGUUACCGCUAGACUGGCGUCAAUCACUUUAGUAGCUAAAAUAUCUGAUAUCUUCUUAAUGCAUUAUGCUUUGACUUUUGAAGGCCUUGCCAUGAGAAGUGGGAGUUUGUCAAAGUCCACCAAGGUUAUCGGCAAACCGUUGUUAACAGUCUUGCAUCAAGCUGCCGUGAGUGGUACAGAGAUUGCUCUUACCCCCUUGCAAAUUUCUCGCAUUUUCCUUCUUCCAUGGGCAUUUGGCAAAUUUGUGCUACUUCAUGUUGCUAUUCAGUCAGUGAAUGAGGGAAGUAAUAGAUUUUCAUGCUCAUUUGUUCCCCAAUCCGCAACCAACUCUCAUUGA